AAAACUGCACCUCGUAUUUGCCCACCUUGUAAAACCCUGGAACCCUAAAACCCACGUAAUUAACAGAAACUCUGAAAUAACAAUUUAUGGAUAAAUUUAUGACGAAAUAGAAAAAUCUAAAUAUGGGAUCUGAAAUUGAAACCCUGGAGGAGAGAUUGAACUCGUUUCUGGUGCAGCUUCAAGCAGAAUGUAGGGUGUUGGAGAGAAUGGUGUACAAAAAUAAGAACCAGCAUAGAAGAUGCUCUUAUUUUCAGUAUCUACUAAAGGUGAGGAGGGAUUUGAGACUUUUGCAAUCUAUCAAGUUGGAGGAGAUAGUGGGUUCUUGCUUCCAUGUUAUUUCUGGAAGGAAACCUAGACAAAAGGUUCAUCUGUUAGAAAGUUUGAAGUGGAGAAAAUGUGACUCUGGAACACCCAAUUUUAUGGAGCGACUUCUAGGAGCUGCACGCUUACUGUCACAGAUAGUGGAGCCAAUGCUGAAAGCAGCUACUGAUAUAUCUACUCUACUGGCACGUUCUUUUUUUAUGGGAUUUUCUCUGACAAUUUUGGCUUUGCUUGCACGUCUUCGAGUUUUGGUUCAGCAAAUAUUGCUUGAUGUUGUUUCAGUAUUCAACAUGGUCUCCUCUCUAUCCCAAGAGAAGCAAUCUGUAAAAAUAACACAGGAAGGACUUGAGGUGUUCAGGGAGUACUAUCCAACAAAUGAGGAGUUUGUCACUCUGGAGUGUGUGUGGAAGACAGACAAGUUUGUUUUGGUUGAGAAAACACACAAAAUAGAUGUAAAAGUUCAAGAUGGAGGUCUUGGAGAUAGUUCUAUUGAAAAGUCAGUUCCACGUUAUUGGACUAUCGAGUCUUUUCUAGGAGACAGUGAUUCUGAUUUCGAGAAGGCUGAUGAUGAUCACACGGCCAAAGAAGAUUCCUGUGAAGAUAAGCAGCACUUGUUUUCAGGCCCUUCUGUUGAGAGUAGUGAGCAUGGGAAUCAAGUUGAAGGUGAUGUUGAAUGGGGAGACAAUCCAAUCAUUUCAGAAUCUCCUCGCAAGCAACUCCCUCCAGAAGAUAGCCUUGCUGCAAAAUCAAGCUCGCCUCCAAGCUCAAAAGUUUUGACACCACAAUAUGGAGCAAGGCAAGUGGCUUUUGUCUCGGUAAAAAGACCUGCACCCUCAACAACAGCCUUCGUCUCUGUCAAAAAACCUACAACUCCAACUUCACAUAUAGAAGUUCCUCAUUUCAAGGAAAUUGAAGACACUAGUAUCAAGGAUGACUCCAUUUCUAAUGUGCUCGCUGGUGGUAAUCCCAAACAGAUUCUAUUUUGAUGUUAAAAACGAAUCAAAUAGAUAAUUGUCUAGAUUGUAAGAUGUAUUUUACAGUCUUGCUUUUUGCUAAGAUUCUGUCGGAAAAUAUUUCUUACACUAUUUCCAUGGAAUAUAACUAGAAAAAAAAAAGAAUAAAUAAGGCGAGCUAAAUUCUGUCA